GUCUUCCUAUCGUUUUAGAUCUCAUUGAAUUUUGUGCGCGAAUUUGGAUUUCAACAGAGGCUCCCACGGGUUUGGAAACCCUAACCCAAAUUUCCCUUAUAAAAUCCAUCAAACUCUUCCAAUUUAUAUACAAGUACUUCUCUUAUUUUCUAUAUAUUUUUAUAUACAUCUACAUAUAUAUCUGUAUCUAUAGGAAAAAGUUUGAAACUUUGUGUGUGUAGUAAUGGAGGAAGAGCAGAUAACCAACGGCAAUCAUACUGUUUCCCCAAAAGAUACUGAAACUGAUUCCAAGAAUAUUAGGGCUUGCUUUAGUUCAAUUGGAAAAGAUGAUAACUUUUUGCCAACUGAUUUUAAACAAACAGAAGAAAUUAGGGCUGUUUCUGAAUCUGAGGAAACAAAGUUGUUGGUUUAUAACAAAAGGAAAAAAACCAAGAAAAUAAUACACGAAAAACAAGAUGAUAUGAAUGUAGAUGAAGAGGGGAAUGGUAAAUGUGAGCAAGUGGCAAAUGCCGAAAAGGAGGGAACUUGUUUGUAUAAUCAGAGAUCAUCAAGAAGAACCAGGACGAAGAACGUGAUCUAUAAUUUCGAUUUCGUUCUAGACGAACGGCCGAGUACGAAGAGGAGGAAGACAACUAGCUCUUCUUCUACUACCAAGGGAACCACUGGGUCACCAUUAAAGUCUAAGGAUGCUAAGUAUUUUGCCAAGCAUUUGGUUACGGAUGACAAUGGAGAUUUGGUUAGGGUCGAGUCGAACAUGUGCCAUCAGUGUCAAAGGAACGACAAAGGACGAGUUGUUCGUUGCCAGGCAUGUGGAACCAAGCGUUAUUGCGAGCCUUGCAUGAGGACAUGGUACCCUAACAUGACGGAGGAGAUGUUUGCUGAGCGUUGCCCUGUGUGCCUUGAUAACUGCAACUGUAAAAGUUGCUUGCGUGAUGUGCACCCUAAAGUCAAACAGAAGAUUGAUUUUGAACCAAGUGUUGAUCAGAAAGUUCAGUAUUCUAUUUAUAUCCUGCAUGUUCUUCUUCCGUUCCUGGAGCGUCUCAAUAAGGAGCACACAAAGGAGAAACUGAUAGAGUCUAAAAUUCAAGGAUGUACUUUAUCAGAGGUACGACUGGAGAAGGCACAGUGUGCUCUGGAAGAGCGCAUGUACUGUGACUGCUGUAAAACGUCAAUUUUUCACUUGCAUAGAAGCUGCCCUUUGUGUCACUAUGAUCUUUGUCUUCAAUGUUGCCGGGAAUUGCGUGAUGGCAACCCUCAGGGAAACAAGGAUGAGGUUCCUAUUGAAUUUAAUGAUCCCGGUGACGAAUAUUUGCAUGGGGGGAAGGACAAAAAUAAACAAGAUGUUACAACGGUUUUAACACCAACACAAAUGAAAAGUCAUGACUGGAAGUCCGGGGAAGAUGGUAGAAUUCCUUGUCCUCCAGAAAGUAUGGGUGGCUGUGGCCUUGGAAUUUUAGAGUUGAUGCAGAUAGAGAAGGUUGAUCAUGUAUCAUCGUUGUUGGAGAAUGUACAAGAUCUGCUAAGGAAGCACAAAUUGGAGGAGGAUAUGCGAGAGAUGCCUGAGGAAUGGUGCAUCUGUUCAGAGUUUCUGAAUGAAAGUGAAGCUGAUGAUAAUCAGUUAUGUAAAGCCGCUUCUCGUGAAAAUUCUAAUGAUAAUUAUUUGUACUGUCCACGUGCCGUGGAUAUUCAAUCUGGAGAUUUAAAGCAUUUCCAGUGGCAUUGGUCAAAAGGUCAGCCUGUUAUAGUCAGUAAUGUUCUAGAAACUACUCUUGGUUUGAGUUGGGAGCCCAUGGUUAUGUGGCGUGCUUUUCGCCAGAUCUCAAAUCUCAAUCAUGAACAACUCUUGGAUGUGUCGGCACUCAACUGUUUAGAUUGGUGUGAGGUUGAAAUUAAUGUUCAUCAGUUUUUUAUGUCUUACACGGAGGGUCGAUAUGAUGAAGAAGGGUGGCCUCUGAUUCUCAAGUUGAAAGAUUGGCCUCCAUCAAGUCUAUUUGAAGAACGUCUGCCACGUCAUGGUGUGGAGUUUAUCACCUGUUUACCCUUUAAAGAAUAUACACAUCCUCGUGACGGCUACCUUAAUCUUGCUGUUAAGCUUCCCAAAAAAUCUUUGAAGCCAGAUAUGGGUCCUAAAACAUAUAUUGCCUAUGGUGUUGCCCAAGAAUUGGGGCGUGGAGAUUCUGUGACCAAACUCCAUUGUGACAUGUCUGAUGCGGUUAAUGUGUUGACUCACACUGCAACUGUGACACAUGACUCAGAACAGCUUAAAACAAUAGAAAAGCUCAAACGGAAACACAAGGAUCAGGAUCAAAAGGAACUUUUUGGACUUAGUAUUGGUAUCACAGAAGAUACUGAUGACAAGGAAGUUUGCUCAAGGAAAGAACUAAGCAGUCCGGGUAGCAGUCAUGAAGAAUCUGAUGUUGAAAGAAAGUCGCAUGAUGUUGAUGUUGAUGUUGAAGGGAAUAUUGACAAAAAUCAAGAAACUGUCGGGAAAAGACGGAAUUCUCAUAAAAAAGUUCCUAGUUGGAGUCCAAAAAACAGUAAGAGAAUGAGGUGUGAGAACCCUGAGAAAUCUUCUGAUACUGAGAAAUUUGAUAGCUUACAUUGUGAAGAGGUUCGCAAUCAGGAGCAGAUAGAAGCUAUUAACGAAAGUGACGAGCAUGAUGGUAUCAUAGGUACUUGUGUGGACCAAUCUGAUCUAAAGGAGGGCGGUGCUCUGUGGGACAUCUUUAGGAGGGAAGAUACUCCAAAAUUAGAGGAAUAUCUCAAAAAACACUUCAGAGAGUUUAGACAUACCUUCUGUCGUCCACUGCAGCAGGUUAUCCACCCAAUUCAUGACCAAACAUUUUACCUAACCAUAGAGCAUAAAAGGAGGCUGAAAGAAGAGUUUGGAAUUGAACCUUGGACUUUUGUUCAAAAGCUUGGAGAUGCUGUUUUCAUACCUGCUGGUUGUGCCCAUCAAGUUAGAAAUUUGAAGUCAUGUAUAAAAGUCGCAUUGGACUUUGUGUCCCCUGAGAAUGUUGGUGAAUGCAUCCAGUUAACAGAAGAUUUCCGUAUUCUACCCCAAAAUCAUAGGGCAAAAGAAGAUAAGUUGGAGGUGAAGAAGAUAGCAUAUUAUGCUGUAAAGGAAGCUGUAUUAGACCUGGAAGAUCCGCAUCGAACCAGUGACAAGACUGAACCCGAUGAGGCUAACAGUGAACAGAAAAAGAAGAAUGUCAGGGGUAAGAAGGGCAGGAGGAAAAGGAAUUAGAUGUGUGCUGUGGGAGGAGGAUCACAACAGAACAUGCCAUUCUAUGGCAUUGAGACGUUUUCUUGUAUAUGGUUUAGUAAUAGAUGUCGUUGCAAAGCAGCCCUGUAACUCUUUCAAAUUGAAUCCUGUGAUUUGCUAGCUAAUCACGUAAGCGGGCAAAUGUCUGAUUUGGUGGUGUUAUUGAUUUGGCGCGAUCUAUUAGUUUUCUUCUCGUUACUAUUACUUUUGUCUUGUCAGUCAACAAAUGUAGGAAAAUGAAACAUUCAUAUUUAUUUUGGUAUGCGGAAAAUGUACACAAGCUAAUAUGGAAGUGGCCACUGGCCAAGUGGGGUAAUCUUCGUGUGCAAUGAAUGGAAUGAGGAAAAGGUGAGUUUAAUAUUAGAUGUGUUUAA